CGGUCAAAACACGACGUCGCCAUAAAACCUAAACGCGACGGGUUUCGUCCUCCCUUCCUCCCGUGUUGUUGGAGAGCCCUAACCCUAACACAAACUCUCUCUCUCUCUCUCCGUUGAUCGAUCUCACGGGCUCAUUCAUUGGCCUUUUCCCCUGUCUCCGAUCCCAUCCCAUCAGAUCCGAUCGAUCCUCUAGGAGAGAGGCUAGAGAGAUCACGAGAGAGAUCUCGAGAGAGAGAGGGAGAGAGAGAGAGAGAGAGAGAGAGAGGAAUAGAACAGUAAUGGCGGAGGAUGGGGCUGGGGCGGCGGCUGCGGCGGUGGCGGAGGAGAAGCAGGCGUCGUACAGGUACUGGGUGAGGGAGGCGAAGCAGGACGCAGCCCCACUCCCCGUCCCUCGCAAGCUCGACCCCGCCGACAUUCCCAAUCCCCGCCCCGCCACCGCCCUCGGCUCCGUCUGGAACCAGGCUGGAACGUGGGAGGAAAGAAACCUUAAUUCAUGGGCAACUAAUAGGAUAAAGGAGCUGCUUAGUUCCUUGGGCUCUUUGGAGUUCGCUAGUGGUAAAGCGUGCAUUGAUGAAGUAUCCAAAUGCUCGGGAGAUGCAUUCCUGGUCACUGUUCGCAACAAGAAAAGAGUUGGGUAUACUUAUGAAUUGACCUUGAAAUUUAAGGGUGAGUGGUUAAUCCAAUCGGAGAAGAAGAAGGUGAAGGGACAUUUGGACAUUCCAGAGUUUUCAUUCGGCGAGCUCGAGGACUUGGAGGUUGAAGUAAGAUUUAGUGAUGAGAAUGGUCUCGGAACAGAUGAUAAGACCAGGAUCUUUAAGGAUCUGAGGGCCUUUUUGCCACCCAUCCGUGAGAAAUUGCACAAGUUCGAAGAAGAGCUUAAAGAUAGGUAGAGAGAGGUAGAGUCACACGUAAUUGAGCAUGAUAUUUUACCACUUGGAGACUUGGUUAUGUUCUGUGUCAUUUGAGAAGGCAUGUAUCAGUAGGACCCAAUUUUUAAAUCCCACAAAGAUGGGGCCAUUGCGAAAGUUUUCAUGCUUGGCAAGGCAAUCAGGAUUUGAAUUUAUACACUGGAUGUUGGCAAGACAUUAUUGUUUCUGGCAUUAAUAAUACUCUUUUUUUUGUCUA